AAAGCGUAAUUUCUCGUGAGCAUCCAAAAACAGAGGAAGAGAUGGACAGACAGACAGACAGAGGCAUUGAAAUUGAAUUGGAGAGAAUUGAAGAAGAGUGACAACCAUGCAGGAUCCGAAAACAACGGAGUUUGGUGAACUUUUGUAAUCUUUUUCUGUCUCUAUCUUUAUCCGAUUUGAACCAGAACUUUUUUCUGUUCUUCUUCUAUAUUUCUCUCGAUUUUCCCCUUCAAAACCACAUAGGCCAGAACAGAGCAACUCAUAUACGCAAGGAAUCCGAGUUCCUUUCUGGGAACGAGGUUCCUCAUUCAUGCUGAAACUUUCCCUCAGGGUUUCUCCAUAGUUGGUGGUGUACAUAAACGGCCUCGAUGUAAAUACUCAAGAGAAGAUUAUUGUAUGCCAUCGGGUAUUGAUCUUGGAUCAAUAUACGAUGCUUCUCUCUGAAAUGUGCUUCUUCCAGUUAAAGGUCCUUGCUUCUCUGGGAGACUAAAGACACCGUGCCUGAUAUUUCAAUAGAGUUGACACUACAUGAAAAAAAAUUGGAUGUUAACGGUUGUGAAAAAGGUAAUUUCAAUGGGGGGCUGUGCCUUGAAAUCAAAAAGGAAGAGCAAAGCUCAUAGGAGAAACAAGCACAAACAUGGCAAUGUCCAUGGAAACAUACCCACUGGAGUUGCUGAUAUGUCUUUGAAAAGACUCAGCAAUGCUGGAAAUCAUGUUGGUGAUUUUUCUCUCAGUGACUUUGUCCUCUUGGACUUUGACAAGGGUUGUAGGUCUGAGGUUUCCAACAUGACAUUUCAUCUCACCCAGCUACAAUAUCACAGUCAUAGUCAAAUUGAUGGAAAUGGAAUGUGCCAAGAGGAAGCAUGGUAUGACUCAGUAAGUAUGAUAGAAUCUGAUUCAGAUGAUGACUUCAUCAGUGUGCAUGGAGAUUGUUUUCCUUUUGCGGGAAAUACUUUGGGGAGUGUCCCAAAUACUCAGCUACUCCAAUAUGAAAGUGCAUCAUGCUUUGGAAACUCAGGGUGUAAUACAUAUGAAGGUUUCUAUGAGAGUUACCUCAAAAUAGAUGGGGGUAACUAUAAGAAUGGAGAGAAAAUUCAAGAAAAGAACUCAAAGGCUUGCUUGCCUGUUCUGAUUCCUUCAGUCAAUUUUAAUGACAUAAAUCAUUCCCCAGCAGCAGCGAGUCCUCAGACAUCACAAAUAACACAAUCAACAGUUAUCAUGGUUUCUGUCACAAGAAAAUCCGUUGAUGGAAAUGAAAAGACUGGAUUACGUGCUUCUGAGAGAUUACUUUACCAUCCCAGAGCAGGGCUUCAAAUUCAGUGUUCAUCUCUAGAGAAGCCAUUGCCUGGAUCCUGGUCUAUGAUCUCACCCUCCAUAUUUAGGCUCCGGGGGAAGAAUUUUUUCAGUGACAAGCAAAAGUGUCCAGCUCCAAACUGUAGUGCUUAUGUUCCAAUAGGUGUGGAUUUGUUUGUAUGCCCAAAGAAGAUCAAUCACAUUGCUCAGCAUCUUGAACUUCCAUCUGUCAAAGGACAUGAGAAAGUACCCUCACUUCUUAUUGUUAAUAUACAGUUGCCAACAUACUCUGCUUCCAUAUUCCUUGGUGAUGGAGAUGGCGAAGGUAUCAGCCUUGUAUUAUAUUUCAAAGUUUCUGAUAAUUUUGACAAAGAGAUCUCUUUUCACUUUCAGGACAGUAUCAAGAGGUUAGUGGAUGGUGAGAUGGAGAAGAUGAAAGGGUUUAAAAAUGAAAUUGAGGUUCCCUAUAGGGAAAGACUGAAAAUUUUGGCUGAGGUGGUUAAUCCAGAGGACCUUCAAUUGAGUUCAACAGAGAAGAAGCUUAUAAAUGCCUACAAUGGCAAGCCAGUGCUUUCACGCCCUCAACACAAUUUCUUUAAGGGACCUAACUAUUUUGAGAUUGAUCUGGAUAUUCAUCGCUUUAGCUACAUAUCUAGGAAAGGGCUUGAUUCAUUGAGAGAUCGUGUACAUAAUGGAAUGCUUAAUGUAGGCUUAACCACCCAGGCACAAAAGCCAGAGGAACUACCAGAGCAUGUCUUGUGCUGCUUGCGGUUGAAUAAGAUUGAUUUUGUGAACCGAGGUCAAAUUCCCACAAUUGUAACUUAAUCUGAUUGGGACAACCACCAGUUGAUGCAGAAAAGCAAUGAAAAAUGCUGAGGCAGAUACCCUGUCAAAAAUGGACGCUCAAUGUGUGUGAUCAUGAUUCACCAUGGGAAAGAUGUAGGAAAGAUACAAGUUCGAAAAUGAAAGGGGAAAAAAAAAAGAAAUAUAAUGAGCAUUAUGUGAAAUGCAAUAUUGAAUUUAUUUACCACUUUUUAAGGAUCACUAAUCGAAGAAGGAUGAUUCUUUGCCCUUUUAAUGACAAAAGGUGAACAUGAUGUAUUAUAUGAAUAGUAUGUAUCUUUUGCUAUGAAGUUUAUACUUUUACUUUGAUUGAGAUA